AUGUUCUCCGUCGUUCGUGAUUCUUGGCCAAUUGCAAAAGCAUUGUUUCUUUCGAAUUCUCGGCUUUUCAUCGUUGAUCACUUGUUAUUGGUAAUUGCAGCUUUUGGAUGGUAUAUACCUUCUUUCGUAUCGUAUGCAGUGGUAAAAUUUCUUGAAAAUUCCGAAAAAGGUGAAAAUGGACCGAUUUCCGGUUCAGAAAGACUUCGGUUUGGAUUUCAAUAUUGUUUAUUACUUGCUUCUGCCAUCCUUGCACAAAGUUUAUUGAUUGGUCAAGCACUUGCGAUCACAAUGCUUUGGUUGCGUAAUCGUAUCAGAACGCAAUUGCAAAUGGCAAUCUUUGCAAAAGCUUUGCGUAGAAAGGAUGUUGGAGGGAUUGAAGACUUCAAGGUCAAUGACGCUACUAAUGGCGGUACCGAAGGGGACAAAGCAGAAGAAGCCGAUGAGGAAGGCGAUGACGAUGCAGGAUCUGGUUCAUUCAGUAAAGCGCAAGUGAUCAAUCUUGUAUCAGUCGACGCUGAGCGAGUCUCCAAUGUUUUCUUUCUUUUCACCUUCUCGAUGGCUCCAUUUGAAAUCAUGAUUGGUGGUUUCUUUGUGGUCUAUCUUUUAGGCUGGGCAGCUGUGAUUGGUUUGGCAACCUCAUUCGCUUGUCAACCUCUCCUUUAUUUCCUUGGAAAAGCAAUGGCAAAAGCUGAAGACAAACAUCAAGAAGUUCGUGAUCGAAAAACAUCAUUGCUUAAUGAAGUGAUUCAAGCAGUUCGAAUGAUUAAAUUCAACGCAUGGGAAUCCAAAGCUUCUGCACGUAUUCAAAACUUUCGUGAUGAAGAAUUACAAUAUCAAAGAUGGAUUUAUCUUAUUGAAACACUUCAAAGUGUAUUGAUGGCUUUCAGUCCAAUUGCAGCUAAUCUUGUCGCUUUUGGAUGGUACACAUUGGUGCAAAAGAACCCCUUGACACCUAGUGUAGGUUUCACUUCACUUCAAAUUUUGGACGAGUUACGAUUCAGUUUGACAUAUAUUCCUGAGGCGUUUAGUCAAUUGAUUCAAAGCCUUGUCUCUCUUCGUCGUAUUCAAAGAUAUUUGGAUAGCGAGGAGGUUGACAUUCCACAAAGAAGCAAAAUUGCACCUUUCUCAAAUGAAGAUGUUAUCCUAUCUAAUGCAUCGAUCGGAUGGCCAAAGAUUCUGCAAGUUUCUCCUGAAGAAGAGCAAGACAACAAGCCAGCGUUCACUCUUGAAAACGUUAGCGUCCGCUUUACUCCCAAUGCACUCAAUCUGGUCGUCGGUCGUCUGGGAUCCGGUAAAACCUUGUUGCUCAAAGGGUUACUGGGAGAAGCGGAUCUUCUCACAGGUCAGAUCAAGUGUCCACGAUCUCUACCAAACAGCAUUGACAAAAGCUUGAAACUUUCAGCAGACACAUGGAUGCGUGCCGAUCAAGUUGCUUAUCUUCCACAAUCCUCUUUCUUGGUCAAUGCAACUUUGCGAGAAAAUAUUCUUUUUGGAUUACCACUUUUAGAGCCACGCUAUCAAGCCACUCUGGAUGCGUGCGGUCUGGGACCUGAUCUGAAACUUCUCAAUGAUGCCGAUGAAACAGAAAUUGGUGAGAAUGGAAUUGGUUUGAGUGGCGGUCAAGCAAGCAGAGUAAUGUUGGCAAGAGCAGUGUACGGACGUGCAUGUACUUUGAUCUUGGACGAUCCUCUCUCAGCAGUGGAUGCACAUACGGCAGCACACAUUCACACAAACUUGCUCCGAGGAGCACUGUGUCAAAACAGGACAGUGAUCUUGGUCACCCAUCAAGUUCAAUUAAUCGCCCAAUCUGCUGCAAAAAUUGUCAUGUUGAACGAAGGUAAAGUUCAAUUUGAUGGAGAUUCAACAACGUUUAUGAAUUCGGAUCUGUACAAUGGUCUGAUUGAAGAGGAAGAGCAAGAACAACACAAGGAAAACGGCAAAGAUGGUAUUGAACAGGAUUCAGCUCCAGGAUCAAGCGCAGAGACAAGCUUGAACACCACACCUGCCACAACAGCACCACCAUCGCCACAACUAAAGCCGGAUGACUUACCUAAAAAGCCAAAGAAGCUGGUAGAAGAGGAAAAGCGUGCAAAAGGUGCUGUUCUUCGAUCAAUCUAUGCUCGAUACAUCAAAUCAUGCGGUGGUCUACCUGUGGUUGUGAUUGUGUCACUCACUUUGAUUGCAUUUAAUCUGAUGGUAAUCGUUAUCACGAAAUGGUUGCAGUACUGGACAGAAGAUGUCGAAAGAGGACUGAAAGACGAACAUGCGCGACACCAUUCAGAUGUUUGGUGGUUGACAUGGUUAUCGAUGAUUUGGUUGUUCGAAAUCGCUCUGGAAGCUGCAAAAAUGCUUACAUUAGUAUUUGCAAGUUUACAAGCCAGUAAAGUGCUUUUCAAGGAAAUGUUAAGAGCUGUGUUGAAAGCACCUCUUCGUUUCCACGAUACCGUUUCUCGUGGUCGAUUGUUGAACAGAUUCAGCUAUGACUUCAAAGAGAUGGAUUCCGAGGUCGUUGACACUUUUGAUCGUACGGCUGAUCAAGGAAUUUCGAUCGUAAUCACAAUGACUGCAAUCGCGACUGGUGGUGGUCUUCCGUUCAUUGGAUUCUUCAUCUUGAUGGUUCCACUUUAUGUCUACGUUGGACAACUCUACCUGCUCGCCGUGCGAGAUUUGAAACGAUUGGCUUCCACUUCUCGUUCUCCCAUCUUGAACACGAUUGGUGAUGUCAUUCGCGGAACGGUUGUCAUUCGUGCAUUCGGUGCUGUUGAUUACUUUUAUGCCACGUUGGUAGAACGUAUGAACGCACAAACGACGUAUAAUUUCUUCAUCUGUGAAGUUCGAUUCUGGUACGAGGAAAUGUUUAAUACGUUUAGCUUUUUCGUGCUACUGGUCGCGAUUGUGUUCAUCUUGUUGAAUACUGCAAUCAAAGCAGCCCAUGCGGGAUUCAUCUUUACAUUCCUGAUCAAUGCCCAUGUUCACAUACUAUUCUUCCUACGUGCAAUCACCGAAAUGGAACAAAAGCUGGUCAGUGUGGAACGCAUCGUGGAAUACAGUAAAUUGGAAGGUGAACGAGAAACGGAGGUAGAUGGCAGUCAAAUUCAGAGCACCUCCCUCUCUCCUCAAUGGCCUGAACAAGGUGAAAUUGAAGUGGACAAUCUUCAUGUCCGGUAUGCUUCCGAUCUGCCAGAAGUCUUACAUGGUGUCACAUUCAAAGUGGCCCCGCACAGUAAAGUUGGUGUUGUUGGUCCGACAGGAUGUGGAAAAUCAACACUUGCAUCUGCAUUCUUUCGUUUUGUAGAAAAGACGCAAGGUUGUAUUAAGAUUGACGGAGUGGAUAUCGGUCACAUCAAUCUUGAAGAACUUCGAUCACGAUUGCAGAUUGUACCGCAAGAUCCGAUCAUCUUCUCUGGACCAUUGAGAGCAAGUUUGGAUGUGUUUGACGAGUAUACAGAUGACGAAGUAAUUGCUGCAUUAAAGAAAGUACGUUUGGUCAAAGCAGAUGAUUCGCAAGCGCCUUUGGUGGACGUCGAACCCAAUUCGGAACAGGUUGCUACCACUCAAAAGAGAGAUUUUAGUGAUCUCAACUUCAUGGUAGCAGAAGGGGGUAGCAAUUUAUCCAAUGGAGAAAAGCAACUGUUGUGUUUAGCCCGUGCGAUUUUGCGUAAUUGUAAAUUGAUCAUCUUUGAUGAAGCGACAAGUUCGGUUGAUUUUGAUACAGAUGCAAUAAUUUCUCAAACGAUUCCACAAGCCUUUGAACGCUCAACAAUCAUUACGAUCGCGCAUAGAUUACGCACAAUUAUCGAUUAUGAUUUCGUUGCAGUGAUGGAAAAAGGAAACGUUGUUGAAUUCGAAAAACCUUCAACUUUAUUACGUGAUUCAACCUCAAGAUUUUACAAAUUAUGCAGAGCAAGCGGAAAGCGGGAAUUGGUUCAUCUCAAGCAAAGCGCUGGGAUCGAAUAA